AUGAUUGCUCGUAAUAUAAAGGCCACAUCUUGCCAAAGAGCCUUUAGAAUGGCUAGUAGCCAAGUUAGAUGUAUGAAUAAGACUAGCUUUCUGAAAGCAACUAUGAGUGCUAGUUCAAGACCUACGCCGGCCCCUUCAUUCGAUCAACAAGAUCCAAGCAGCGGAGCCACUGAGUUAAAGAAAAACGUUGUAAGAAAGAGUCAAUAUCCAAUCAUGGAUGACUCAUUUAUUGGGUUAACUGGUGGUGAGAUCUUCCAUGAAAUGAUGUUGAGACACAAGGUUGAUACCGUUUUUGGGUAUGCUGGAGGUGCCAUUUUACCUGUUUUCGACGCUAUCUACAACUCUGAUAAAUUCAAUUUUGUUUUACCAAGACACGAACAAGGUGCUGGACACAUGGCUGAAGGUUAUGCUAGAGCAUGCGGGAAGCCAGGUGUUGUGUUGGUUACUUCAGGACCAGGUGCCACGAAUGUUAUUACACCAAUGACCGAUGCCUUGGCUGAUGGUAUUCCAUUGGUUGUUUUCACUGGUCAGGUUCCAACCACUGCAAUUGGAACCGAUUCAUUCCAAGAAGCCGAUGUUAUUGGUAUUUCUAGAUCUUGUACCAAAUGGAAUGUCAUGGUUAAGAAUAUUGCUGAAUUACCAAGACGUAUAAACGAAGCUUUUGAAAUUGCUACUUCGGGAAGACCAGGUCCAGUCUUGGUUGAUUUACCAAAGGAUGUUACUGCAGGUAUCUUAAGAGAAUCCAUCCCAAUAAAUACUACCUUACCAUCAAAUGCUUUAACUCAAAUCACUAAGAAGGUUGCUACUGAAUUCACCAUGGAAAGUAUCAGAAGGUCUGCACAACUCUUGAAUAUCGCCAAGAAACCAAUUCUUUACGUUGGUAAUGGUAUUUUAAACCACGAACAAGGUCCAGCAUUAUUAAAAGAGUUAGCCGACAAAGCAUGUAUUCCUGUCACAACUACUAUCCAAGGUUUAGGUGCUUUUGAUCAAAGAGAUCCAAAAUCUUUAGAUAUGUUAGGUAUGCAUGGUAGCGCUGCUGCAAACACUGCCAUGCAAAAUGCUGAUUUAAUCAUUGCCUUAGGUGCAAGGUUUGACGAUAGAGUUACUGGUAAUGUUAGCAAAUUUGCUCCUGCUGCUAAAUUAGCUGCUUCUGAAAACAGAGGUGGUAUCAUUCAUUUUGAAAUCUCUCCAAAGAACAUAAAUAAGGUUGUCGAAGCAACUGAGGCUGUUGAAGGUGAUGUUACCAACAACUUGAGCAAGUUUAUUCCAUUAGUGGAUGCUGUUAAAGAAAGACCAGAAUGGAUGGGUGAAGUCCAAACAUGGAAAGAAAAGUACCCAUACGCUUACCAAUUGGAAACCCCAGGUUCAUUAAUCAAACCUCAAACUCUUAUCAGAGAAAUCUCAAAACAAUCUUCUACAUAUGGAAAGGACGUUUACGUUACAACUGGUGUCGGUCAACAUCAAAUGUGGGCCGCUCAACAUUUCACAUGGACCAAGCCAAGAACUAUGAUCACAUCGGGUGGUUUAGGUACUAUGGGUUACGGUUUACCAGCCGCUAUUGGUGCCCAAGUUGCCAAGCCAGAUGCUAUGGUUAUCGAUAUUGAUGGUGAUGCUUCAUUCAAUAUGACUUUGACUGAAUUAUCCUCGGCGGUUCAAGCUAACGCACCAAUUAAGGUUUGUGUCUUGAAUAACGAAGAACAGGGUAUGGUUACUCAAUGGCAAUCAUUGUUCUACGAACACAGAUAUUCUCACACCCAUCAAUCCAAUCCAAACUUCAUGAAAUUAGCUGAUGCCAUGGGUGUUAAGGGUAUUAAGAUUUCUACUCAAGAAGAAUUAGUUAGUGGUAUCAAGGAAUUCUUAGACUACGCAGGUCCUGUCUUAUUAGAAGUUAUUGUUGAAAAGAAGGUUCCUGUUUUACCAAUGGUUCCAGGUGGUAAUGCAUUAGAUGACUUCAUUAUUUUCGAUGCUGAUGUUGAAAGAAAAGAAAAUGAAUUAAGAAAUCAAAGAACCGGUGGUAAACAUUGA